CUGGUCCAUCGAAAGACACACUCAGAGUUCAGCAGCUCUUCCAGCAACAACAGCAACAGUUCCAGCAGUUCCAGUAAUCCACCAAAUCCACCAAUCAACAUGAAGUUCUUCGCUGUCCUCAUCUGCUUCUCCGCUAUCGUGGCCGUCGCUAUGGCAGCAUCCCCAUCGCCCAGCCCAACGCCAACUCCCACGCCCACAACGCCCUCGUCGCCCACAACCACCACAUACACGUACACCACCACCCCAACCUACACCACCCCCACCUUGACGACGACCUCCACCACCACCACGAAGCCCUUCAAGCAGCAGCUCCUGUCCCUGCUGUUCAACAAGAACAAGUCCGGAUAGAGCCGCCCCAUCCGAUCCACGAUGCCGCCACCUGAAACGAUCCGUAACACCUGAAUAGCCAAUAAAUAAAAAACAUCAAAACAAA